AUGGCGGACCAGAUCCCCCAGCAGAUGCGCGCUGCAACCAUCAAGGACUUCAACCAGGGCUACGAAGUCAAGGACAUCCAGGUCCCUACCGAACUCGGCCCCAACGACGUGCUCGUCAAGAUCGCCGCCGCGGGCUACUGCCACACCGAUCUCCAGGUCCAGGAGGGCGUCUACGAGUCAGCCGGCGCCAAGCCCGGCCUCGUCGGCUCUCAUGAGCCGGCCGGCACCGUCGUGAAGCUCGGCUCCGAGGCCGGCAAGCAGGGCCUCAAGGUCGGCGACCACGUCGGCUCCAUCAACACGUACGGCUGCUGCGGCCGGUGCAACUCGUGCAACCAGGGCAAGCAGGUGUGCGACAACCUCAGCGGCAUGCUCGGCCUCACGCUCGACGGCGGCUUCGCCCAGUACAUGAAGGCCGACGCCCGGGUCGUGGCCAAGAUCCCCGACUCCAUUCCCUGGGCCGAGGCGGCGCCCCUGUUCUGCGCCGGCGCCACCGUCUACGGCGCCCUCUGCGCGGCGAAGCCCGAGAAGGGCCAGUGGCUCGCAAUGGUCGGCAUCGGAGGCCUGGGCCACCUGGGCGUCCAGUACGCCAAGUCGCUGGGCUGCAAGGUCAUCGCCAUCGACAACCGCCAGGAGGCCCUCGACCUGGCCAACGACGUCCCCUCGCACCUCAAGCCCGACCGCACCGUCCUCAUCGACACCGACGAGGCCAAGGAGAAGGCCGUCAAGGAGCUCCAGACGUCCUUCUACGACACCAACCCGGGCGUCGACCGCGUCGUCAUCAACACGGAGGGCCGGCCGCUGAUCAAGUUCGCCCAGCAGUUCCUGCGCAAGGGCGGCGUGCUUGUCGACGUUGGCCUCCCCGCAGACGGGCCCUUCGAGGUCGACGCCUUCGCCCUGAACUUCAAGGAGCAGACCAUUCGCGGCGCGUUGAUCUGCACCCCCGAGCGCAGCCGGGAGAUGCUGGAGCUGCACGCCAAGAACGGCUGCAGGACACAUGUCGAGAAGACGUUCAGCGUCGACCAGGCCAACGAGAUGGCCGAGCACUACAUGUCCAAGCAGCUCAAGGGCCGCUUGUGCAUGGUCUUCUAG